CCAUGCAUGAUGAUAUCAGUGGAUGAUCAUUUAACCAAAGGGUUAAGUAGAAACCUUGUGUGAUAUCAGUGGAGUUUGUAAGGACUCAACAAAUUUUGGCUGAUCAUUUAACCAAAGGGUUAAGUAGAAACCUUGUGCAGAGAUUGGCUAUAGGGAUUGGAUUGAAGUCUAUCUAAAUUUCUCAUGGUGCAAGAAUAAAGAGGACUACCUAUAUGAGCAUGAAGUUUAGCCGCUUCAAGAAGUAGAGACUUCGCUUCGAUAUGCUUAUGAAGGAUUAGGACACAGGGCUAGUAAAUAAUAGUGUCAAGUUAGAACAUUAAAGUAAAUGUUACAUUUUCUUUUUCUUCAUUUUCCAUUCAUCCCAAUUGAUGGGAAAUAAUACGUGACUCGGCCCACAUUUCCCAAUUAUUUACAAAGAAUAAUCAACCGGGGCCAGUUUAUUAAAAUAAAGAAAUAAAAGAAUAUUCCUUCGAAGAUGCUCCUCUUCCUCCCUAUAAAAGAAGGGGUUGCCCUCAAAGUUAAGUGGACCAAUUUUUACUCUCCCCUGCCAACCUCUCUCUCUCUCUAGAAUAUUUUUGUAGUUUACUUCUUCAAAAGCUCAAAUGCUCCAUUAAUGGUUUCUACGCCUAAAUUAUGUACCAUGUACAACCCUCGAUAUUAAUAAAAAUCCCCCGUUGGCAAGGUACCGCCAAAAAAGGCCCGUGAUUUUCUCCCGAUUUGGUUUUCCACGUCAAAAUCCCGUGUUUAUAUUUUGAUGUAUUUUUUAGACUAGUUUAUCAUUUUUGCCCGGCUAAAAAUGAUAUACUGGUCGAUAAUUUACACCAUCACCAACAAUACAUUUUCUUUCUCUUCCUUUGAUAGACAAUAAUAAAAAUAACAAUAAUCCCUCCAUCCUAAUUUAAAUUAAAUAUUUACGAUUCACAAGGUCAAACUUUAUUUAUUUUUUUCUAUUUUUUCAUUAAUUUCCAACUUUACACUUAUCACUAAUUCCUAUCCCUCAUUUAGUGCCCUCACAUCACCACAUUUACUACCCCACCCAAUUUACACUCCCCCCACAUUUAUCGUUGUUGUUUCGUAAAUCUUAGAUCUAGACGGGAUUCGAAUCCGGUUCACUCUCCAUUUAUGAAUUUGAAUACUUAAUCCCUGAAACUGAGUUUGAUGAAGAGAUCAGCUUUGAUGAUGAUGGUUUGACCGUCUUCAAUCCAGGGUUCCAAGUUGUGCCGAACAGCUUCUAACGGCCUCCGAUCUAAUCACUCUGCCUCAGGGGACUGGGUGGAGCCUGUGAGUGACAGCUGCCGGGGACGGAAGCAUCUUUAAGGCUUUGGUGAUGAUCAAUUUUGUGAAGAUCCGAAGGCUUGAUGCGGUGCUUAAUGGCCAGAUUGAUGUUCAUGGAUUGUCAAGGCCCUUUCCGCACAUCGAUUGACAUCCGAUGGCCUAGUGCACGAACACCACUCCAUUGUUUUUCUUUUUUUUUUUUACAUUAAGGGCAUUAAAGACAUUUGAUAACUUUCAACCUCCCUCCUUGGUAUUUGUGCCACUUUGAAAGUGGAAAAAUAAAGAGGGACAGAGGAAGUAGUUUUUAAAUAUGUAAUUUUUAUUUUAAAAUUUUACACCAUUUUUUGAAUACAAUAAUUUGAAAAUAACUUCAAUCAAACAUCAUAAAUCGAAACAAGUGAUUUAAAUUAGGACGGAGGGAGUAAUAAAAAAUCACCCCUGAUAGGACUAAAACAUAGCAUAUAUUUUCAAAAUAGGAGUGCUAUGUUUUUAUGCUCGAAAUAGGAUUAAAAAUGUUUUUCUUAAAACAAUUCACCAUGCACGGGCUUCAAUGAUUGAAUUGAAAAAAACUCAUGCGCACCAUUCCUCUUCCUCCGUCGAUCGAUUCCCUUCCACCGCCCCUUCGAUCCAUAGCUAUCGCCGCCUCGUGCAUUACCAUCGUCGUUGCUGUCUGCACCCUCUCCAGUCUCCACUUCGUUGUGCUAACACCACCAUCAUCUUUAAAGAUUAGGAUUAAUUUGUUGUGCCACCACACAGAUCUACGUCUUACUCUCUCAAAUCCUUGAUGUCAAAUUUCAAAAGUGAUUGAGUUCUCUUUUGAUCUUUAAUUGAAUUUUAUUUACCUUGAACUUUGUUUGGAUGCUUUGGGAUGGUGAUUCGUUGUCGUGAAAACGGUGGACUAGCACUUUUAAAAAAUCUUGUUUUUUUGCUAAACUGAAUGAUAAUUUAACAUCUUGUUCCUGAUUAAUUAACAAUACAUUUACAUGUUUCUUGUUCGUGAUAUAACAAUACUAAUUCUAAUAAGUCUUGUGUCUCUGGUUAUUGGGAUGAUGUUUUAGUGUUUCAGUGGGGUUAUAUUUGGUCGGGACUAUGGUAUGGAAUCUAUUUUUUAACUAGAGAAUAUAUUUUGGACUAAGUUUUAUUUCAGUGAAUCGAGUUCAUCCUUUGGUCUUGAACAUAGGCAGACCAGCAACUUCACUUUGGAUAUUUGCAAGCUAAAUUUGCAUUGAUCAGCAGCUGAGAAAUAGGUGAUGGUCACUGAUCGUGUUGGUGGACAGUGAGUGUGAUGGUGUUGUUGGCAACAAUGGUUGAGAGCAUUGUUAUCGUCGAUCAUAGUGAAAAAUCAACAACAACAAUGGUG